UCCUCCUUGAACAAUGUCAAAAAAUAUAAGUUUGCCUGUAUUUUGAGUUUCAAACUUGGCGUUUCUCACUGAUCCCAUUCUUAAGCCUUCGGACGUACAAUGAGGGGAGUGGGAUAAAUGCCACCCCUUUAAAGACUGCGAGCAGUCUCUCUUCUGCUGUAAUAUCCGCGGGAAACACAAAACCUUAGAUGCUGUGCACGUCUGCUCCGAGAUUAGCUUGGGAAGAAGGCCCAUUUGGGGAGUUAUCUCUCGUACCCUCCAUCCCCUCUUGCUAUGCCUGGUUUAUGUCAGGAAAGAUUACGAAAUAAUUACGUUGAAAUAAGUGGCCAGUUUUUCUAAGAUUUGCGGUCCUUAAAUGUUUCGUCGCCUUGAAUUUAUUGAGAUCCUAAAUGUGAAUUUAUCUCUUGGUGUACCAGGGCAUGCAAGGCGAACGCGGACAAGAUGCAGGUAUCGGCCCUCCUGGACCAAAGGGCGUGAUGGGACCUCAAGGAAUACCGGGACCACAAGGCUAUAGUGGAGACGAGGGAAUCACGGGACCUCAAGGUGACCACGGAACUCCUGGUGAAAGAGGCAGAACGGGAACCGAAGGACCACAAGGACCUCCUGGACCGCCCGGCCCACCUGGAGAACAGGGUAUUCCAGGCAAAGCGUCAGUCUCUUGGGUUUACGAAAAUCAAUUACAGCAAAAUAAAGGUCCAGGAUUUAGACUGUACUCAACUGAAGAGGGAAAAUCUAGUGCCGUUUGGAAUUAUCUCAGAGGCCUUGGCAAUGUUAUUUAUUUCUACAAAUCACAAAACGGCACCAGAAUAUCCCCAGCGCGUUCUUGUAGGGAACUUCAUCUGGAACAUCCUGGUUAUCCAAGUGGUAAAUAUUGGAUUGAUCCAAACGAAGGAUGUACCAGUGACGCGGAAUAUGCUUAUUGCGACUUCGAACGAGGUGCCUCCUGUAUAUUUCCAAAGAACAACAAGGUUAAAGACCUCGAUGCAAAACCAUUUCGGUGGAUGAGUGAAAGAUCUCCACGCGGAGAACUUAUAAAUUACAGCAUGAUUCCUGUGCAGAUGAAAUUCUUGAGACUUCUAAGCAGGAGUGUGUAUCAGAACAUAACAUAUCACUGUUAUAAUUCCCGAGCCUGGGACGAACAGGAAGGCCGUACCAUUAGACUGCAAGGAGACAACGAGAUGGAGCUGACAAGCUUUUUGAAGACCAAACCCAUUGUGCUAAAGAAUGGAUGCAAGGUAGCAGACAACGAAUGGCAUCAAACAAUAUUGGAGUUCAACACAACUAGCAAGGAAGCAUUACCAAUCGUUGACGUUGCUCCUUUCGACAUAAAUAAUUCACGUAAAAAGCAAGAGUUUUUCUUGGAAUUGGGGCCCGUCUGUUUUUUGUACUAAUUUCGCCAUAAAUGACUCUCGAUCAUCCGGCCCAUUCACACGUUAUUCAUCUGCUCUAACCGUACAAUGCGUGUGGUUACUAACUGGAUUGGAGCGAAACGAAUAGAUAAAGAUAUGAUACCAAUAUACAAAUUAUCUCUUUUACUCGCGAAAAUGUGUUUUAUUUAUUUAUUGCAGGUUUGAAAUUUCUUAAAAGCUGAAUUAAGUACAUACCUCAUCACAUAGGAUUUCCACGAAACCCUCGCUUUCCUCUUGCCAGUAACCUUACGAGUUCUUGAACAAAAGUUUUAGAAGCUUACUUUCAAUUACGUAGUCUGUAUUUUCUAACAUCUAGGCAAACUCAUUCAAUUGUUUAUACGAUUUUUCUUGUAUAUUAAGUGCGCUGGAAUCGCUAUAUUUAUUCUAAGUGAAAAAUCAUAAAAUACCUCAGUUUAAGAAGCCAAAAGUCUACCUAUACGCUGUUAAUUAUGAAUUGUGCUCAGCUGUGUACAUUUGAUUUUCAAUAUUCCAAGUUUGCUUGGAGUCCAAGGUGACUCUCCAAGCAAGGGGUUUGCUUAUGUUAACAAAUGUCUCCAUACGGGUAUAGAAUAAAUCCUUUUUCUUGUU